GCUGUGGUGUCUAGAUCGUGAAGUAGUAGAUCGCGCACCAUACGUUGGCCGGUUUGUUGUCGUUUCGUGUCUGUGACCUUCCUUAUCCCCCCCUCUCGUCUGACCAUGGCAUUGCGUGUAGCGGCCUGUCUUUAUAGCGCUUCUGGCUAUCAGCGAGCAGUGCGAUGGUCCAGCAGAUGUCUGCAGACGAUUCGCUACCAAUCGACCGAACAGCAGAGCACCGGUGAUCAGCACGAACGGCGCCAGAGCUACGUGCAUCAUAUCGGCAGCAAACCGCUCGUCUAUCGGAACGUCGGUCAGCACCUUCGCAUCGCGGCAGAACAAUUCCCAAACAUCGAUGCGGUCGUAUCCUGUCACGAAAGCACCCGGCUUUCAUUCUCGGCCGUCCUGGACAAGGUAGAUCGACUGGCGGCAGCAUUCUAUCAGCUUGGGCUCCAGAAGGGUGAUCGCGUUGCUAUCUGGGCACCGAACGGAAUCCUCUUUUACCUCGCCAACCUGGCGGUCGCUCGUGCCGGUAUGAUCUCGGUUGGCAUCAAUCCAGCCUACCAGACACCGGAGCUGGAGUACUCGUUGAACAAGAUCGGUGCCAAAGCGAUCAUCGCACCCGAAGGAUUCCGGCAGGCGAACUACUAUGGCAUGCUGUCCCACAUCGCACCGGAACUAGCGUCCUCUCAGCCUGGUCAACUCGUCAACAAAGCGGUUCCUUCGCUCAAGAGCGUCAUCAUCGAUAGCGAGAAGAAGCUACCGGGUGUGAUCAAGUUUAGCGAACUGUUUGGGCUGCCAGGUGAACGGGACAUCGGUGCAAUCGAGCGGCUGCAGUCGAAGAUCUGCCCCGAUGCUGGCGUCAAUUUACAGUUCACUUCGGGCACAACGGGAGCUCCUAAGGCCGCGCUUAUGUCUCACUUUGGAUUCGUCAACAAUGGACUGCAUAUUGGUGAACGGAACGAGCUGAACCGGAAGGAGCAGCGCAUGUGUGUCCAGGUGCCACUGUUCCAUGCGUUCGGUAUGGUGAUCGCCAUCAUGACGGGCAUCUCCUAUGGUUCCACCGUCGUACUGCCAUCGGCCGGCUUCAAGGCAGCCGAUUCAUUGGCCGCCAUCAUGCGAGAAAGGUGUACCGUGAUCUUGGGAACACCGACGAUGUACGUUGAUCUGGUGCGGCGUAUCGUUGAGACGGGUGCUCAGCUGGAAACGCCGGAGAUAGCGGUCACCGGAGGUGCCACGUGUUCGCCGAAGCUCUUUGCUGACAUCAAGAAUGCCCUCGGUGUCCGGAAGGUGAAGACGGUCUUCGGUAUGACGGAGACGACGGCGGUCAUCUUUCAGUCGCUGUUCGAGGAAACGCCCGAAGAUGUACAGCAGACCGUUGGGCAUGUAACGGAUCAUUAUGAGGCGAAAGUGAUUGACAAAGAGGGCCAUACGGUACCGUUUGGGGUAGCCGGUGAGCUGUGUGUACGCGGGUAUGGCACGAUGCUUGGAUAUUGGGCGGAUGAAAAGAAGACGAAGGAAACGAUCGAUGCCGAUCGGUGGCUACGGACUGGCGAUCAGUUUAUGUUGCGUGAAGAUGGCUAUGGUAGGAUCGUGGGGCGGCUGAAGGAGGUCGUGAUUCGUGGCGGAGAGAACAUUUACCCGAAGGAGGUCGAGGACUUCUUGAACACGUACCCCAAGAUCCUUGAGGUACACUGCGUCGGAGUGCCCGAUGAACGGUUAGGAGAGGAAAUGUGUGCGUUCGUGAGGCUCAAGGAUCCGUCUGAGACGAUCGACCGGGAGGAGCUAAAGAGGUUCUGUGAGGGACACCUGGCCUACUAUAAGGUGCCACGGUAUGUGCGCGUGUUAAACGAACUCCCGAAAACAACAUCCGGAAAGGUGCAAAAGUUUAAGCUGGUCGAACUGUUUGCGAAGGAACAGCAAGGUGUUAGUCAAUAAAGAAGGUGUUGAA